AUGAAGCCAUCCCUCUCUCUUUUCAUCAGCCUUCUCCUUGUGGCCCUGAUGCCUCCAGGACAAUCCAGAGCUGGAAAUGUUAACCACCAAGGCACCGAGGGUCUGAGAGAACCAAGAGAAUCCAGGGAAGAGUCUCCUGGACAAGGCAAAAAUGGGUCUCCCUUGUUCCACCACCAAGAAAAACGCCAGCUCUUACCGCGCACUCCCCCUUACCCGGAACCCGAACUGGAUUUCAAAGUUGUCGACUGCAAGAAAAGUGAAGGCUAUUGUCAAGAAUAUUGUAAUUAUAUGGAAAUACAAGUUGGCUACUGCUUUAAAAAAAAAUACGCCUGCUGUUUGCAUCAGAACUGA